UUAAAAAGGCGGAUUUUCCGCUUCCGGGGCUCAGAGGUACGAGAUUUUUUAUCCCCUACACAUUGACAGAUGUUUGGUGCAAUGAGAAUCAUGAGCUUAGACGAAGCUGUCCAAUGGUUGCCGAGGGGGCGGAGUUCGCUUCUGCAGGAGGUUCCAAGAUGGCGGCGGGUGCGUGAGGCGCGGCGCUGAGCGCGCGGUUCCCUUUCGCAGGCAUUUGCCGCCAUGAAGGGCAAGGAGCGCUCCCCAGCCAAGGCCAAGCGGUCCCGGGGUGGGGACGACUCCUGUUCCACAAGAGGUGAGCGGAGCAGCAAGAAACCCAGCAAUGGCGGCGGGAAGUCUGCGGGCGGCGGCUCCGGUGAGGGUGGCGGCAGCAGCAGUCGGAGGAGCCUUCACCUGGAGAAGGCCAGUCGGCCCAGCAGUCGAGAGUACGAGUCUGCCACGGUGAGCAGCGGCGGAGGAAGCAGCGGCAGCCGCCAUGGCUACAGCGGCAGCAACAGCAGCGGCAAGAACGCGGAGUCCUCGUCCUCGCGUGGCAGCGGCAGCCGCGGCGGCGGGGAUUCCCGGGCGCCCCCCUCCGACUCCGGCGGCGGCAGCAGCAGUGAGUACAAGACGCUGAAGAUCAGCGAGUUGGGCUCCGCUCUGAGCGACGAGGCCAUCGAAGACGGGCUUUUCCACGAGUUCAAGCGCUUCGGGGACGUCAGUGUCAAGAUCAGCCGCCUCCCGCCUGGAGCCGGCGACGAACGGGUCGCUUUUGUCAACUUCCGCCGGCCGGAGGACGCCCGGGCCGCCAAGCAUGCUCGUGGCCGCUUGGUCUUGUACGACCGGCCGCUGAAGAUCGAGGCGGUUUAUGUGGGGGGCGGCAGCAGCAGCGGAGGAGGGGGAAGCGGCCGCCGUCGCAGCAGUCGGUCUCCGGCCUUUUUGGACAAGGAGUCCCCCUAUGGAGCUACCGCGGUAGGUGUGGCAGCCGCCGCGAUCAGACACCCUGCUACUGGCGCUACGCAGAGGGCCCUUUCUCCUGCUGCUGGAGGAGCUGGGCUGGGCUACAGGGACUACAGGCUGCAGCAACUUGCCCUGGGCCACUUGCCCCCACCACCUCCUCUGCCUAGGGAGUUGGAAAGAGAACGGGAUUAUGGGGGCUUCUAUGACCGUGUGAGGCCUGCCUAUAGUCUGGACCGAGUGGCUGGGGUGGCAGCGGCAGCAGCUGCUGCAGGAUUUCGUGGGGUUGGUGGCACGGCAACUGGUAGUGAGGAAGAAAUCAGUCCUGAAGAUGACCAGAGAGCCAACCGUACACUGUUCCUGGGCAAUCUGGAUAUAACAGUGAGUGAAUCUGACCUUCGCCGGGCAUUUGACCGCUUUGGUGUUAUCACUGAGGUGGACAUUAAACGGCCAACAAGAGGUCAGAUUAGCACCUAUGGAUUCCUUAAAUUCGAGAACUUGGAUAUGGCCCACCGGGCAAAGAUAGCUAUGUCUGGUAAACUGCUGCUGCAGAAUCCUCUCAAAAUUGGCUAUGGCAAAGCUACACCCACCACACGACUCUGGGUGGGUGGCUUGGGUCCCUGGGUGCCAUUAGCUGCCCUUGCCAGGGAGUUUGAUCGUUUUGGAACUAUUCGCACUAUUGAUUAUCGGAAAGGUGACUCAUGGGCUUAUAUCCAGUAUGAGAGCUUGGAUGCUGCACAAGCUGCUUGUACCCACAUGAGGGGAUUUCCUUUGGGUGGGCCAGAUCGCCGUCUUCGAGUGGACUUUGCUGAUACUGAACAUCGUUAUCAGCAGCCCUACUUGCAGCCACUGCCACUUCCCCCUGCCCACUAUGAUUUGGUGGCAGAAACAUCUGCUUUUGGGACACACCGUGGAGCUCCCCCAGAUCCACUCCGGGGUGCUCGGGAUAGGACAUCUCCACUGCUGUAUGGAGACCGUGAGAGAGAUCUCUAUCCUGAGACAGAGUGGGUUCCUCCUCCACCUCCUGUUCGGGACAGAGGUAAUAGAGGAACUGUCUACGAUGCACUUGAAAGUCUGGAACGCCGACGAGAUGGCUGGUCUCUAGAAAGAAACCGUGGGGAGAGGGAACUAGGCAGCAGCAGUAGGGACCCAGCAAGGAAGCGGAGGCUAGUGGAGGAUGGAGGGCGACAUUUGGACCGUUCACCAGACAGUGAACGAUCUUCAUCCCGAAAGCGGCACUGUCCUGCAGUGGCCUCUCCAGAAGACCGCAGUCCUGAGCCAGGAGUGGGCAGAGACCGUUACAGCAGUGAUACAGAACGGCCAUCCUCCCGGUUACUCCUCUUGGAUCGUCCUUCCCCGGUUAGAGAGCCACGUAGGGGUAGCUUGGAGAGAAACCAGAGUGAGAAGCGUGACCGUAAGAGCUCAGCAGAAAGAGAGCGAAAGCACCGUGCACUUGUGUCAGCUACCACUCAAGAAUGUAAGAGCCCAGCUAGAAAGGACGAGCAUGCUUCGGAAGGGAGCAGUAGUGGGGGUUCUCGACUGAAACCUCCACCCCAAAAGCAGCAGCAGCAACAACAGGAUGGAACGUCAAAGUCUGGGUCCUCAUCCAAGCUAUGCCUGGCUUGGCAAGGAAUGCUUCUAUUGAAAAACAGCAACUUUCCAUCUAACAUGCACCUACUUCAAGGGGAUUUGAACGUGGCCAGCAGUCUUCUAGUAGAAGGAGCAACUGGUGGCAAAGUUGCCCAACUAAAGAUCACCCAGCGUCUUCGUUUGGACCAGCCCAAGCUGGAUGAGGUCACUCGACGUAUCAAAGUGGCAGGGCCCAAUGGAUAUGCUAUUUUGCUGGCUGUGCCUGGUACCACAGACAACCGUGCCUCAUCUGGGGCUGGUGAAGCUAACACCACCUCUACACAGCGGCCACUCAGAAACCUCGUGUCCUAUCUUAAACAAAAACAGGCAGCUGGGGUGAUUAGCCUCCCUGUAGGGGGCAACAAAGACAAAGAAAACAGCGGUGUCUUGCAUGCUUUUCCACCCUGUGAUUUUUCUCAGCAGUUCCUGGAUCCUACAGCCAAAGUACUGGCUAAAUCAGAUGAUGACUACUUGGUCAUGAUCAUUGUCCGUGGUGCAUCUUAAAACCCUAAUGCUUUCUGUUUACCAUGCUCUUCACACAGCCCCCUAGUUCCAGUGUCUGCCAGGUGCUAUGCGCUAAGCCUUAGCCAGCUUCCUGAAUAUAAUUUUAAUUAGAUCUGUAGAUAAUUAUCUUCCCUAAUUUUCUAUCAACUCUUUAGAAGGCAGACGUGGCAUCUACUUGUUACAAUGACUAGGCUACCUUUGAUUGUCUUGUGUCUGUGCAGGUAGAAGGAAGGGACAGUCUCCUUCUGCUAAAAUAUGAAACCCAGAGAAGUUUGCCUGUUUUUUUAGCUUUUAACUUUUUGUCCUUUUUCAUUUCAUAACUUUUUAAAAAGCAAGUAUAAAAACUCCUUCCCUAUAUGUACAAAUUUAAGCAACCAGAAAGCAUUCAUGACCCAUAUAUAGUUACAAGACCAAAAAGUCAAGUGGAAAUCCAUUUGAAGUCUUUUGGCUUGGUUUCAUUGAGGUCCUGAGACUAAAAAUCAAAAUAAUUCCUCUUAUCACGAACCUGAAAAAUUUAAAUUUGAGUUUAGUGGACUCAGGGUUGACUUCCCCCUUGGCUGCUUCCUUUAUGGUACACUGUUGUUAUCUUUCACUGGGUUGUAGUUCAAGGAUGUUGCCAACUUCACAGAAGUGUACAGCCACCAAGGAUGCUUUAAACAAGCAUGUUUGUUUCUUGGUUUUUUUUAAUCCAUGUGAAUUUUUGACCUAUAAUACCUGAUAAAAAACCAGGAGCAUUGCUAUAGUUCAUGACCAUCUUAUUCUUCCAUAUGCAAGAUGCGGGUGCUUAUAAUACAACAGUUAUUACUUGCAUUUUUGUUCUUUUUUCCGUUUGCAAAGUGUGGUAGGUACAGUGAAUUCUAAAUAUAACUUGGAAACAAGUAUAACUUUCAGAGAUGGCUUUUAAUUUAGGUUCUGCCACACAACCAUUUCAACAUCAUUUUAUCCCUUGUUAAUAGAAAGAAACACUACCUGCUAAGAUUUUUUCAGGUAAAAUAUGAUGGGCAUUAUAUGCAAGGUUUUAUAGACACCUGGAUUUCAUUGUUUUAAUCUUGACAUUUUUGUAAUUGUCUUGUAUUUUCAGAUGUUGAAGAAGCAGACUGCUUUGUUCACAGAACCUAAUUUAUUUGAGAUGAGCUUUUUAAUAGCUCUUCCAUAAAUAGUCUAUGAUUAGAAGAAAUACCUGUUCAGAUUUAGGGUAUCAUUUAUCUUAUCUCUUUAGUCCCCAUUUUUUAAGUUUUCUAAAAUACUGUAGUAGCCCUUAGACACUGAAAAAUGUUAUUAUUUGCUUAGUUUAAAAUGGUUCUGCCCAGGUAGAGAAGAUGAAUGUCCUUUAAAAUGUGGCUGAGUGAAUAUAUGCUGCCCAGUGAAGUAGCAUGUACUGUUCAUACAAUUACCUUAUAGAACAGACAAUUUACUUCUAAAGCAAAAUAUUUUUUGUUCUUAAAACUGUGGCUCUAGUCGCUGAAAAACCCAGAUGGAGUAAAUACAAGACUGAAAUAAUUACAUUGGUCUACAUACAGAUUGAAAGUUAGUCAUCCUGUAAUGCCUAUUAGAGAAACAACUUUGGAGUGUAACGUUAGAGGAGAUUACAGCGCAAAUAAUAGAACCAGCCAUUUUUUCUUGCUAUUAACAAUGAGAACUGAAUAAUAAUUUGAAAUGGUAACAUUAGCUUAAAGAGAUAUUUCAAAAGUUCCGUUUCUAAACUGUGUUGGUAGGUCAGGUGUAUGUGCAGGUUACUGCAUAACAUUAGUGCUACUGUGGUAUCCGUGCCACUGUGUUUAUCAAGCAUGUGGCAAAUUUCGCCUAAUGUUUUUGUGUGGAGAGGGAGCCUGAUCUGUUUCAUAAUUUAAAGAUGGUCACCCACUGUUAAAAAAUCUAAGAUGUAAGUGCAUCCAUUUUCAAAAGUCAGUGUGAGUUAAUUUUAAUAUGCAAUGCUCUCAUUUGCUAAAAGCUCUGCAGAACUUCAGUUUGAAGUGAAUUGUGUGCAUAUUCCUCCGUACUGGUAUAUUCUGCUAGAAACCAGGUAUUGGGGAAACUGCACCGUGGACUCUUUCUCAUUGAAAAUGAAAACAAAUUAUGUUCUGCUUAUCUUCAAGUCUUGAAGUGUAUAAAGGUUAAGUGAAAUGGACAAUAGAUUUGCAAAUGCCAGUUUUUCCAAAAAAAAGUGAUCCAUCUGUAUCUAGAGGAGAUAAAUAAGAAUUGUAGGUGCCCUAGAACAAUUUAUGGCUCAGCACUUAACUGUAGCUGCCCUAAAAUCUGAAUAUCAUUUUUUGUGGCUAUAUUCUUUGUUCUAUGUAUACAAAGAAGUGCAGUUACAUACCCAUUUGAGUCAUCUUGACAGAUUCAACACUAGCAGAAGUUGAAUUUAAUGCCACUUCUACACAGAUGAAAACAGAUGUGGGGAAUUGCUGUCAAUAUGUAGCACCACAGGGUUUUAGUAGGGGCAGUACAUACUUGAAUGCUUCAUGUAUCUUCAAGUCUGCCUUUCUUCUUUAGAGUGUGUAGAAUAGAGGAUUGACAUUUUCUAAACAUCAUCUUAGAGUUUUGGGGUUGGGCUUUUUUUGAAGUUUAGGGACAUGAACUUAGGCAUACUAUCAUUAAUAUUUUUUUCAAUUGGAAACUUAAAACAGUUGCUUUGGAAGUUUGUGUCUGGCAUGCUUGGAAAUUCAAUACAUGGACAGCCAUUGACUGGCAGUUCAGCAUAAACUUAAGGCUACCUCAUUACUGUGAGAUCCACUUCUGUAUUUUGUAGAGUGAGCUUUUGAGUUUGGGUGGUUCAGAGGAGAAUAUUGGAAGCAGAAGAUCAGCAUUUUAAAAACCACUUUCACUGAGCAGGGGAGAGGAAAACUUGGACAACGCAUCUAAGCUGCUGGAGUGUAGCCACAAAUUAGAGUAAAAGAUUAUAGAUAAUAUAUCCUCUGGACCACCUGGUAUUAGAUGGUGAAUGGAAAAUAUAGGAACUGUCUCUGUAGGGUAUCUGAUGAAAUAGCUUAAUUUGAAGAGUAGGUAUAAAGAAAUCAUUGUUGAAAACCCCUAGAUUUUCCCUGGUGUCUCCCAAUUUUUCUGAUAGAAAUGAAAGAUAUUCCAGGGUCUCACUAGACAUUUCCAGUUAUUUCUACUCAGACCACUGUGUUUUGGAAAAGCUGGCUGAACAUAGCCGUAGUAUACAAAUUCAGAAUGGGGAGUGGGUGAUUGAUGUAUAUCACAGAAUUUUUUUCUCCUGUAACUGAUCAGCCUACUUCUGCGGAGCUAUCCAGCAAAGUGAGAAAAUAUGCACAAACAGAACACUGAAUUCCAUGUUCUAGUUUGUUAUCUUUUUGAAAAUGAGGAAUUGCAUGAGCUAUGAAGUAAUUCAUUUUUCUCCUGGGUUUAUUUUAUCAAUCUGUAAACUACAUUUUAACCCCGAAACUGUUCAUUGUACAUCUAUGCAUAAAAGCGAAUUCAUUUCAAAAGUCUGUGCCAGUAAAAGGUGAUUGGUGCUUUCAGACUAGAAUAUUGAGUAAAAACCUUGUAAUUCUUUAUCUGUAAUUUUAGGGAGAGGGCAGAUCUAUUAUAAAAAUUGUGCUGAAUAACCUCUUCUUCCCUCCUGAAAGCAAGGCUGGAGAACUGCUGAAGACAACAAGGGAUUCCAAGCUCUAAUGGACCUUUGCGAAGAAAAGCUUUGGCUUGUAUGGAAUUUACAUGGGCCUCAUGGAAGAAAGCUUAUCUGUUUAGUAUUUGUGCAUUUUACUAAAAUGGCAGCUUAAAAAAAGUUGUGUAUCUGCUAUUGUGAUGCCAAUGCCCGUGUUUUAAGUGGAAAAUUGACCUCUUUGCUUUGUGCUGUGUACACAAGAUUUCUGCAAAAGUAAAGGAAAAAACAUUUUUAUGGCUCACACAGCUUAAAGUAGCUGUCACUCAAAACAUGCGCUCACAGUCGAGCUGAUUUUGUUUCAUUCUAAAUAAAUUGUUUCUUUUGAGGAAAA